AAUGACACUGACUGAUUACUGACACUACUAACUUGGUUUAGAAUAAAUUAUAAAAAGAAUCUUAUUCAUAAUUUUAUUGAUGAAAUUGGAUGAUUUUACUCUUGUCUGCAAAGUGCAAAGUAGAUAUUUAUUAUUUUGGCAGUCAACUUUUCUUACUCCAGAGAAGUUCCAGAGAAAAUAUCAGAUGCCUAAGUUUUCAAGUUACUAGCAUAUUAAGGUCUUAACAUGGAUAUAUCUGUGACUGUUCCCUUUCAUUCGUCGGAGUUGGCUUUACUGGCUUAUGAAGUUUUAAGUGUUGACAAGGAGUUAAAAAGAAGUGGUAUACAAAGAAAACUUGAAGUAAAUUCAGAAAACCUCAUCGUAAAAUUCCAUGGUGAGAGCACGAAAAAAUUACGUGUUGCUGUCAAUUCUUUUAUUAAAAACACAUUAUUAGUAGUCAAAACUAUUGAUCAAUUCUAGAGAAGUAAUAUCAAAGUGACCAAAAUGCCAGAACACACACCUGCCCCAACACCAGCAAGAUCGUUAUAUGGGUUUUUUAUGUAUCUAUUUAGUAAAACUAUGUUAUUUAUAUAUUGUAUUUGGGCAAUCACACCUGAUGCCUAUCUGCACUACUUCAAUAUUUAUUAUUACCCCCAAAAAUAUUGGUCUACAGCCAUUCCCAUUCAGUGCCUAGUAGCUUUAACAAUUUUUGCAUUUUUAAUUUAUCCUAGUUCAAACUUGAUGUUAACUGCUAAUAUAGAUAGCAUUAAUACAAUAAGCGAUCCCCAUGCUCAUUAUGAGUGUGAAACAAAUGAAAAUAACAAUAAUACACUGGAAAAUUGCAUUUGUACUGAUGUAAAUAAAUGUAUGAAAUACUGUCAUGUGACUUCAAAUGAAGACUUAGAAGAGAAUACAGUGCCACAAUUGCGUGAUUUAAAUAUACGUUUAGUUUGUAAGAAAUUGUACUAUAGCGAUAAUAGCACCUAGUGUAUCUAUUGCUUAAUAAAAGACCUGUGUCACAGACA